GCGAGAUUUCACCAGCUGUUUAGUCUGUGUUUUUUUUAGACUGGUGGUAGUCGGUCAACACGUGGGGAGGAGAGACUGACUUUUCACAGGGACACAUUUGAAAAUCUCACAUUGCCAGUAUUGCUCUCAUCGUGGCGGCACCGAGGACCCAAAAAUCCUGUGUAGCUGUUAGCGUCCUGAGGAAAUGCCGCUGAGGUUUCGCUCUGUCGUCCCGUACACGCUGCCCGGAGUCCUCGCACUGAUCGGCUGGUGGUGGUACGUCUCACGGAAGAAAGACCGGCUCGUCUGCCAUGACGGUCCGGAAGGAGCUCCCACUGGGAUCGGCGCGAGGUCAUCUCCGACGGAGGGCAGCAACGGGCUGGUGGAGAAAGGCGCAGACGGCGCCUCAACCGACACAGUAAGCUCUGCCCACAGACCCGCUCAGGACGGGACACAGAGAACACAAUGCAGUGAAGAGACGCAUAGAUCAGAGGCUGCUGCUCCUCAGCUCGGACACAUCCUCCUCCUCUCCUCUCAGACCUCAGCUGGAGAGGAAGACCACAUCCUGCAGGGCUCACCCAGGGACCACAAAGACCUGAAGAGAAGCUCGCUAACAGAGCACGAGACGCACAGGGUCCAGGAUCUCACCUUGACCCCGGCAGAGGACGUGGUUCUAGCCUGCCAGUCUACCAAAGUCUCACACUCAUGCCCGCUGUCGGACGCAGAGCGGCCGGAGCCGGAGGGCGAGGUCGCCAAGCACCACGGCUCUGCAGUCACACAGGAGGAGAUGCUGGUCUGCACCGUCACCCCCGCCAAAGUCCAGAGAGCGACCCCGUCAGAGGCCGACUCCCUGGAGACCCCGCCUUUAGCGCAGGAUUUCAACCCUCACAUCCUGACCAGCACGCCCAACUUCCCCUUCCUGUCCCUGGCCUCCACGGCACUCACCCCCGUCCAGGACUCCUGCGCCCCCUCGUCGGAGACCACCGAGGACGUUCAGGUUCACGCGGAGGAGCUGGAUCUGGAGCUACUGGCGGCUGGACUCAUAACUGAGGUCAUCUCGGCAGCCACCCAGGAGGUCCUCGGGAUCACCAGCAGCCAGGGAACAGGGAGUGGCAGACUUUGCUCCCCACAGGAGCCAAUCACAGCUGAGCACCUCCACCCGCUGAGCGGCCCCCCUCAGAGCGAGAAGCAGGAGCAGGGCAUGUCUAAUGGCUGCUCGCCCGCCGCGGUGUGGGAGCCCGUAGAGGUCAGAGGUCAUCAGAAACACAGUGCACAGAGAGAACUGUGGCACCAGCCGGCUCAGAGCUCGUCUCUGCUCCACAUGAAGCUGAGAGGAGACGAGCUGCUCGCCGAGGACUCGGCCUGCAGCACGUGUCACUCUGAGGAUGGUGUCAGCAGCGAGGAUCUGCUCAACAGCGUGUUCGACAACCACACGGACGUCCUGCAGGUGACGGACCUGUCCACGAGAGAGGAUGCGCAGCCUCCGUCACAGGCGGAGUCCAAUGCUGAGGAGACAGUGGUGCCUGAAGGAGAGGAGAUUUCCAAGAGGCUGAACGGGAUGGGACUGAGGAACGGAGCGCACGGGACGAGUGAGGUGGAGACAGAUCAGUCCGGAGGCUCUGAUGUGAACAGUAUGGACUCGGUGGACAGCGGCUGUACGAUGGGAGUCAGCGACAGUCAGAGUAACCACGCUGCCUCCUCCAGCUCGGAGCUCGUCAUCUGGGAAAUCGAGGUGCCAAAGCAUCUAGUCGGGCGGUUAAUAGGGAAACAAGGGAGAUACGUGAGUUUCCUGAAGCAGAACUCCGGUGCUAAGAUCUACAUCUCCACUCUGCCUUACACACAGGAGUUUCAGAUCUGUCACAUAGAGGGUACACAGCAGCAGGUGGACAAAGCUUUGUCCCUGAUAGGAAAGAAGUUCAAAGAUCUGGACCUGACCAACCUUUAUGCACCUCCUCCUCCUCCCCUCACGUUACCGUCUCUCCCCAUGACGUCCUGGCUGCUGCUCCCCAGCGGAGUGACGGUCGAGGUGAUUGUGGUGAACAUCGUGUCAGCCGGUCACGUCUUCGUGCAGCAGCACACACACCCGACCUAUCAUGCUCUGCGGAGCCUGGACCAGCAGAUGUUCCUCUGCUACUCACAGCCGGGCACGCCGGCCCUGCCCUCACCUGCUGAAGUCGGUGUGAUCUGCGCGGCGCCGGCGGUGGAGGGAGCCUGGUGGAGAGCUCAGGUGAUCACGUUCUACAAAGAAACAAACGAGGUGGAGAUCAGAUACGUGGACUACGGAGGCUACGACAGAGUCAAGAUCGACUCGCUACGACAGAUCAGGUCUGAUUUCGUAACACUACCGUUCCAAGGUGCUGAAGUUUUGCUCGACAACAUCGCUCCACUUCCAGGAGAGGAUCGAUUCUCAGCUGAUGCCACGACGGCAUUGGAGGAGAUGACCCGAGGAGUGGCGCUGCUCGCACAGGUCUCAAACUACGACAACAACACAGGCCUCCCUCUGGUGCACUUGUGGAACAUGGUCGGGGACGAGGUGGUUUCAGUGAACCGCACAUUGGCAGAGCGAGGUCUUGGUGUGUGGGUGGACGGGUUUUGAACUCCUCACAUGCUCUGACCUCCACCCCUCCACCCUCCUCCACCUCUACCCCCCAUCAGGACCCGGGUCCCCCUCCACUGGAUCGAAAAAGAUUGUUUUUGUUUUUCUUCUUUUUGAUUUGUCGCUCCUCACCUUCGAUUUCCUGUUGAAAAGAAAUUAAAUUGUUAGCAGGCAGAAAACGUUGAAGAACACGGCCCUGCUUUAAAAUAAGAGCCUUCCGUCUCGAUCAUGUCGACAAAGAACUCAAAGAAAGACGGGAAGAGGUACUUGUAAAUGUUUUCUUUUUUAAAAAUCUAUAUUGUAACUAAAUAAAGGUUGAACGAUAUUUUUUCCUCCCGAUCAUCCUGCGUUCACCUGGAUCAUCAGGACGCCAUCACCUCCUCGCCCUGUAGGCAAACACACGUUUUUGGGUGUUUUUUUGGAUCAUAGAAACGGGGGAAGAAAAGCAGUAGAGACUGAAAGGAGGGAUGAGGAGACUUCUCUGGACUUUCCAUCCAGCUCUGACUGAGAAUCUACCUUUUCUCCUCCAUGCUGCACUGAAUCACCGAGGAACCAGGAAGUACAACUGACCACAGCGAAUGCAGCUUUUCACACUGGAACACUAACGUCUCACAACAUUUACAGGAGGAGAGAUAUGAUCUAACACCGGGCGGAUGGGACAGACCAUCACGUUCAUUCUGCUCAUGUGGGACGCAUCUAGACUCUGAUUCUGUUAGAAGGUCCCACAAAUCAUGAAAGAUCAACUUUAGAAGGUUUAUUUUCACGCAGAGUGACACGCUUAAGCCUUCAGCCCUGCAGGGACUCCCCACGUUUAAUUAUGUUAUAACCAGAUCUGUUCAUGCAGACUCAUUCUGACUCUUUGAGUUCAGAUUCACAGGAACGAGCUGUAGACAUGGAGACCUGCAGGAUGCAUCUUUAACAUGUUCUAGUCCUGCUGAAACACCACAGACUCCUCAGCUCACAGCUUUAACGUUAGAUUGUAAACGUGGGGAAGGUCUGAUGGGGAUGAAGUCUUAAACUAGGUGCUGUGUUUCCCUCAACAUGAACUCAUUGAACAGAAGCUCCUGAGUGUCAGAGUGCUUUUUAAAAUCAAUCACUUACAAACUAAAGACAUGUGAAGGGAACGAGGCUGCUCGAGGUUUGCACUAAAAUACAAUCGUUAAUGUGUCCUGUUGGUUUGAUGUGUUAGAAUGAGAGAUGUCAUGAAGACUUGAAGAAAGAGAAACACUUAAGUUCAGACUGACGAGCAGAGAGAGAGAAUCGAGAUUUCAGAUCAGCUGCUCUUCAUUUAUAACGACCUGAUAUCAUCCACACGUUCUCUCUUCAGAGAAAUCAUCAACUUCUUUGAUCUGCAGCCAAAAAGACGAUAGAUUGUAAAAAUAGACAAAUCUGAAGUUAAAAAUAUGUGUUAGCAUGGUUGCUAGCCUCUGACAACAGCUAAGGUUGGCUAACAGCUAGCUUGGGUAUGCUAACAUAACAGUUUAAAAGUAAGGGUCAACAUUACGAGCUCUUCAUGCUAGCUUUCUCUUGCUGUUCUCAUAUUCCUCUAGGUAGCUAAUAAUUACACUAAUUUAACAGGUGCUCAGCUAACAUCACACUCAGCUAGCAUAAUGCUAUUUGUAUCAUUAAAAUGUGGGGUUAGCUACAGGUGCACAUUCCUAGCUAAUGAUUUCACUAAUCCGUCAGGAUGCUAAGCAUUCCUUGCUAACGAUGCUGGCUAAAUCUUAUCCCACUUAAGCGGCUGAGACUUGGCAUGACAUAGAAACACUGUAUUGUAAAUGUUUUAAGCUAACUUAUGCUAAGAUUCAACCACUUCCUGUCAUACUGUUAGCUAGCUCUCAUCGUAGCUUAAUGCCUCACAGUUUUCCCAUUAUAUCCCAUAACAAUCUAACGGUAGCGUACAGGAAGUGGUGGAACGUGAACAUUAGCUGUUGUCUGAUGCUAGCUGAUGAGCUAACUUAAAUGUUAAUGCACCUGGAGUUUGGUCAGAGCUAAAUUAGCUUUUGUAGCUUAGCAUUUGUUAGCUCAUGAGUCAGCAGCCAGGUUUAUUUUAACUGUUAGCAUCACUAUAAUCCCAACAGCCGAUUUAAGACUGACUUACUCCUCUCUAUCAUGUUAGCACACAUCAUUAGCAAGGAAGGCUUUCUUUAGUAUGCUAACAUCCAAUCAGGAAGUGUAAGCUGGAGGCUAACAUUAGCUGUUAAAUGAAGCUAACAGGUUUUAUCGUUGAAGUUGUUGCAGAUCAGGAAGCAGUGAGACUCUGAACUACAGAGAGAUGGAGCUCCUCUUUACGUCUGUGCUCACCUGAUGUUUAAACUUCAGCUCAUCUGUUCUUCUCUCUCUGAGUUCACUUUGACUCCACGUCCUGAUAUUUGGAUUGAAGUUAUUUUGGACCCGUUAAAUGUUUGUGUUUUUAGGGACCUGACUCAGAGCGAGCUCAGCGUUAUUCCAGCUUCACUUUGAGAUCACAGAUUUUAUUAUCAGAGCUCUGAGAGAGCAGCAGACUGAACCAUGAACUGAAUAUGUAAUCUGUGUUACUACAUGACUUUUUAACAAACAGGGUAACGACUAAACCCAUCAUCAUAGAAAUUAAAUAAUCAAUAUUAAAGUCCAGACAGCCCGCAGGCUGUUUUAAGAAACACGAGUUAUAUUUUUAUAAAUCCUCCCAGAGUCAUGACUCUGUUUUCAUUUCUGAGUUUAAAGUGAAGAAGUCUGUCUGAUAAUGAUGAGGUGUGUUUCCUAUCAACUCUAAUGUGUUAUUAUUUAUCCAACACAGACUCCUGAUGAAUCAGCCAAGUGUCUGUUACAGGCUCUGAAGUGACUCCGUAAAGUCUCAGUCUGUCUUCUGUCCUCAAGACGUUUUAUUUUCUGUCAUCAGAGACUAAACUCACAGAAACGUCUCAAACUGAAAACAUGUAAAGAAAGAGAGUUUAUCAGUUUGUUCUGGGUUAAUCGUCCUCUCUGAGUUAUUCCUCGUUGCAGCUUUUAACAUGAAUAACCACUACAACCUGCUACCACAGUCUGACCUCCUCCCAGCGUCUCGUUAAGCUCAUUCAGAUCUUUUUAUUUCUGCAGCGAUGUGAAGGAGUUCUCUCUCACCACAUGAACCUGUGUGUUUGAUUUUGUGUGUUUUCAGUGGAGAUGAAGUCACUGUUUAUUAGCAAUAAGGAAACUUGAUGAUGAACUGAAGGAGAGUGUGAGGCCGUACGUGACACACAGGUGAGGCUCUCUGUGGUGUGUCUCAGGAUGGUGUGUGAGGUGUUGAGUGGACAUGCUUCAGGCAGCUGAUGGAGGUUUAUUCACGUGUAGGAAACUCUGACAGUACUCGCAGGAAGUCGUCCUCAUGUUGGUGCUGGACUUGGAUCAGUAGCCAUAUAGUCUGUGGAGGAUCACGUGGUCCAGUCUGCUCCUUCUUUUUUAAUCCAUGUUGAAUAAAAGCAUCUCCCUCUGCCCUCUUUAACACCAGAGUCCCUCCCUCACCUGGAUGAUCGAGCUCUGUCCGCUCUGUAAAUAAGAUAUUUGACUGUACUUUUCUAUAACACUGGAGAGAAAGAUAUAAAGGGAACAUGAUUAUUUUUUGUUUCUGUUUGGUUUGUUCUGGAUCAUCCUCCUCUUCCUCAUCCUCCUCCUCCUCCGUCAGUCCUUCACGGUUCAGCUCACGCUGUGCGGCUGGUUUUAAGUGUUUGCAUAGUUAGAGACGACUUGAUCAUUGGAUUAUUUAAAUGGGUGUGACGUUCUUGUGCCCAGAAGCAUUUAACAUGUACAGAUCAGUUUUUGCUAGGCUCAUCUUAAGUUUGAUUUGUUGAUUGUACAGAUCUAUUAGGAGAAAAAUAAAAGUUAUUAAAAGUG